GAUCUGAGGUGUCCUCGUCCUGGUUUUGGUGUCAGACUUCUGUUGGCAGCGACACGGAAGUGAGGGAAACAUUUUGUUAGUCGGACCGGGACGGUCUUCCGGUGACGGCCUGUGGUACGGCCGGAGCCUGGGACCGGCUCGGUGAAGGGGACACGGGAGUCGUGUAGUUGUUGGUGGCAGACUGAAGGUCGCCGGCUUGGGCCAGGAAUGGUGAAUGAGCGUAUGGUGCUGUCAGCUGCAGGGAAAGAGGACGAGUCACUACACUUCAGAAGUACAGUAUUGGCUUUGGAAUAUUGUGCUCUAUAAAGAAGUUGCAGAACUUGAAGCAAACCUACCCAGUACAUGCAAACUGGAUUUCCCUGAUGCAAACAAACUUUAUUUCUUCCAGCUGAAUGUCAUGCCAGAUGAAGGGUAUUACCAGGGUGGCAAGUUUCAGUUUGAAACAGAUGUUCCAGAAGCCUACAAUAUGGUGCCUCCCAAGGUAAAAUGUUUAACCAGAAUUUGGCACCCCAAUAUCACUGAGACGGGAGAAAUCUGUUUAAGCUUGCUGAGGGAACAUUCGAUCGAUGGCACAGGCUGGGCUCCAACCAGGACUUUAAAGGAUGUGGUCUGGGGACUGAACUCUUUAUUUACUGACCUCUUGAACUUUGAUGAUCCCCUGAAUAUCGAAGCUGCAGAGCAACACCUGCGUGACAAGGAGGAUUUUCGGAGUAAGGUGCAGGAUUAUAUUAAACGCUUUGCAAGAUGAUCAUGUGAGCUGUCUAAUGGGACACUACUCCAAGCAGUGGAAGCCAAGUCUUCUGCCUUCUGAUGUCGAUCGUCAAUUAAACACUGGAUUGCAGCAGUCCAGUAUCACUGUUGUUAUGAAGAGAGGCUGUUGGUGCUAUUUGAAUUCAGCAUCAGUACAGCAAGUGAUGGGCAACUUUGGGCUAAGAUUCAAGAAAAUUUACUCUUAUUGUGGCAAAAUAGUCGGGUUUUCUUCAAUUAUAAGGAUUGAACAGAGCACCUGGAGUCUAUCUCUUUACUGUUGAAUCACAAAGGACAGCAUUUCUAGUGUAAUCUGGCAUGGUUUGGAAACCACAAUAUUUUGCAACAAAAUGUCUUAAGGCAAAAGUGUUUGAAGCAUUAACAGCAUGUGGCUUGCAAAUAUUAAACAACUGUGGAAAACACAGAGAGAUGGUGUCUGUCAUCGGGAGGGGCACUGCCUUAAACUGGACACACUUCCUGAUCCCAUAGCUCCUGCUUGGUUAAUUAAUGGAUAAAGUGUGUCUGCUGCAGCUGUUGGUUGUUUGAGAAUUGUAACUCCCUACAUGAAAUUAAGAUUCUAUUUGUGUGAAAUAUAUAGCAUACCUAUCAGUACAUAUUUUGCCAGAUGUGAAAAUGUUGUGUACUUGCAUGUCUGCAUAUAUAUCACCAAGUGUUUAUUAUACAAUGUGUAAGUGUAAUUUCACAGUGCCAUUGAUGUUAUUCCAGCUCCCUCACAGUCACUCCUUAUCCUAAGUUCUGUUACUCAUUGUAUCUCUGCUGGUCUCGCGUUACACAAUCCUGUCUCAUCCCAGCACCCUGUAUUCCUGACUGUAUCUCUGUUGAUCAUACAUAUUUAUACUGUCAUUAGUGUGUCUUUUAAUAUAUUUCUCCCAAUCACACUGUCUCCCAGUAACCCACCCCAGAAUCCUGAUUUACUGACUGUCUCUCCUGAUGUUAAUCCAGUGCUGCCUACUGUUGUACUGUUGUUUGGGUAGGUAGUGGGGGAGAAGUUUCCUACUUAAUUGGAAUGUAAGAACAUUAAUAGAUUUUCUGAAAGGAUCAAGAUCAAACCAGUUUCCUAGGGGAGAAGGAUUGGCCUCACUGGGCCAAGUGACUAAACUACAUUCCAUACUUCUGGUAAGUGCCCCAAAGUCUUGUGUGAGAAAACAUUAGAGGAAAAAAAAAGUCCGUGAAAUGAUUUGCUUGUUCAAAACCAUUUUGCACUGGAGGUAGGGUGAGGAACUUAGUGCCUGUAUGCUACUGAAUUUGCAUUUAGAGCACCGGAACAUCUAAGAAAGGAUGAGUGGAUAGUCCCAAAUGUGAGUAACAUAGUAGUCGGGGAUAUAAUUUUCCAAAUUUAAGUACAGGAACAAGCCUGAUACUGGUGCUGAUAACCUUCCUUGUUUGGCUUCAGGUAACUUGCGGGUGAACUGCAAAUGUACAACAUAGUUCUAACUAGACAAGCUUCAGGUGAUUUAUGUAAAUGGAUUUAAACACUGCUAACUUGAUACCACUGCACUGCUCAGUUGUAACCAGUUAAUAAUACUCAGGUUUUUGCUUAAGAAAUAUACAAUACUGUCAAAUAGUUAACACAUACAAUGCAUUAAAGCUUUUGUUAUUUAUUAAAAUGUAAUUGGCAGUAAAAGUACUCCAGUUUACACUGUACAACCCACUGGUAAAACUGCAAAGCAGAAAAGUUGUGCUGUAUUUGCAUAAAACUUAGCUCAACAUGCACUCAGAAGCCUCUGCCUAAUUCUGCUCUCCAUUUUAUUUCAAGCAUUUAGAGACGCUGGAGAAGGUACAAAAAAAUUCACAAUAAUGGUACCUAACUGAGAUCUCAUGCCCACCAGGAAGGCUUGACCUCGUGGAUCUUGCUCCUCUCAUAGGUAGAAAAGAUUACUUGAGCGAGGUUAUUAAAAAAUUAUAGGGAAGAUACAGAAUCCAAAACUAAAGCCAUGAAUGUAAGAAAGUAAACACGAGGAGAUCUGCAGAUGCUGAAAAUUCAAGCAACACACACAAAAUGCCCAAAACGUCAACUGUGCUUCUUCCUAUGGAUGCUGUCUGGCGUGCUGCGUUCCACCAGCAUUUUGUGAAUGUAAGAAGGUGAUAAAUUCAUGAAAGGAUUGAAGAGAAACUUCUUUAGCCAUGGAGUGACUAGGAACCUAACUUAGAGGGAAGUGAUUGAGAUAUAUAGCGGAGUUUUAAGAAGAGAGUUGGGGAUUAUUUUGGUAGAAAGAUGCAGGCAGGCAAAGCUACUUAUAAAGUAUAGAUAAAUAAAGCUAAGUAUCCUGUUUGUGAAGUAUUUCAUGUGAUCCUUAAACUUACAACAGCUUCUUUGGUAGGCCUGCGCUAAAAAUAUCUGUAUUAUGCCUUGUAAAAAUCUCAUGAUAUUGUGGGAAAACGCGAUUCAUCAUCUGCAUGUAAGAUAGGUAUGUAAAACUGGGGAUGCAUAUGGUAGUGAUAUUAUAUUACAAACUAAUGAUCUAGAGUUCUAGUAUCACCAUGAUAGUUUGGAAAGAAAAGAGGCAUAGUCCUAGAAUAGCCAAUGUCAACAAUAGAAAGUAAACAUUUAACAGAAGGACUGUUGUAAAAACCCAAUUGGUUCAUAAAUAUCUCAAUAAUUCCAGUGUCACACUAAUGUUGACAUUUAACUGCCCUCUGAGAGGCCAUUAAAUGAAAAUAUUACAAUAUGAAAAGAAUAAAAGUAACACUUUGCUGAUACUAGACCAAAUUAGGUUGCAGUGAAGAUGUGCUUUUUCGCAAAUGAUCCUACAAAAUCCUCCAUCUGUAGCCUAUUGCCAACAUAGAGAAUACCAGUAGAACAUCAGGGACCAUUAGGUACUCUGCUUUAUGGAAACAUGGCUCACACUGGCAAUUUUGGAUGCAGUGAUGCAGCCCAAUGGCUUCACCAUUUUCAGGAAAACUCAGUCUUUUAAAGUUAGAGGAGGUGGAAUCUGCUUUAAUCUGCUGGAUGAGUUUUCUGCCAUCAGGCUGGAAGCAGUGUACAUUCCACCUCUGGCAGGCACUGGCGGCACUUAGCAAUGUAAUCAGCAGGCUGGAAACAGCACCCUGAUGCCUUCCCUAUUAUUGUGGGAGAUUUCAACCAGGCCAUCUUGAAGAGGUCUCUAAGCAACUACCACCAAUACAUCACCUGAGGAGCCAACACACUUGAUUACUUAUAUACCACCAUCAAGAAUGCUUACCAUGUCAUCCUAUACCCACACUUUGAAAAGUCUGAUUACAUAUACUUCUCCCAGCAUUAUAGGGUGAAACUAAAGACUGCAGCAUUACUGGUGAGGACCAAGAAGGUAUGGUCAAAAAGGUAUUGAAUCAAUGGAUUGGACCGUAUUCAGGGAUUCAUCUUCAGAUCUGAAUGAAUAUGCCAGGCAUCAUCAAUUUCAUCAAGACCGUGAUGCAUGUGUGUGAGCCUUUUUGAGAACAUAUCAGAGAUACCCAAACUAAAAGCCUUGAAUGAGCCAGGAGAUUCAUAGUCUGCUGAGGGUUAGACCUGUGGUAUUCAAGACCAAUGUUGCAGAUCUAUAUAAGAAGUCCAGGUACAACCUACGGAUGUCUAUUUAAAGGACAAGAGAACAAUUCCGAUUGGGGUUAGAGAUGGAAUUGGAAUAUUGCAGUGUUAGUAGGCUAUUAUUUCCUACAAAGCAAAAUCUAACAUCAUGAAUGGCUAUGAUGCUUCACUCCCAGAUGAGCUCAAUGCCUUUUAUGCUUACUGUGAAAGGGAGAAUAAAACUAUACCAGUGCGAAUCCCUGUAGCAUCUGGUGACAUUGUGAUCUCUGUCUUGGAGACGGACAUUAGAACAUCUUUCAGGUGGGAGAACCCUUGCAUGGCAUCAGGCUGUGAUGGUGUACCUGGUAAGGCUCUGGAAUCCUGUGUCAACUGACUUACUGGAGUGUUCAAGGACAUCUUCAAUCUCACUGCUGCAGUCGGAGGUUUCCACCUGCUUCAAAAUGGCAACAAUCAUACCAGUGUCCAAGAAGAGCAGGGUGAACUACCUCAAUGACUAUGGCCCAGUGACACUCAUAUCUACUAUGAUGACAAACACAUCCAUCCUGAUGAAGAGUCUCAGCCUGAAAUGUCAAUUAUUUACUUUUUCCAUAGAUGCUGCCUGGACUGGAGAGUGCCUCCAGCAUUUUAUAUGUGUUGCUCUACUGUGAUAAAGUGCUUUGAGAGGUUGAUCAUGGCUAGAAUCAACUCCUGCCUAAAUAAGGACCUAGACCCACUGCAGUUUGCCUAUCACCACAAUAGGUCUACAGCGGAUGCAAUCUCACUGGCUCUCCACUCAGCCUUCAAUCACCUGGACCAUAGUAAUAUCUACACCAGGCUGCUGUAUAUUGAUUACACUCAGCAUUCAACACAUUCAUACCCUCAGUGCUAAUCAACAAGCUCCAAAACCUAGGCCUCUGUAACUGUCUCUUUGACUUCCUCACUGGGAGACCACAGUUUACGUGGAUUGGAAAUAACAUCUCCUCACUGACAGUCAACAUUGGGUACCUCAAGCAUGCAUGCUUAGUCCACUGCUCUACUCUGUAUACACCCAUGACUAUGUGGCUCGAUGGUGGUGAGGAGGCAUACAGGAUCAGCUGGUUGAGUGAUGUCGCAGUGACAACUUUGCACUCAACGUCUGUAAGACCAGGGAUUGUGGACUUCAGGAAGGGGAAGUUAAGGGAACACACACCAGUCCUCAUCGAGGGAUCACCAGUGGAAAGGGUGAGCAGUUUCAAUUUCCUGGGUAUCAACAUCUCUGAGGAUCUAUCUUGGACCCAACAUAUUGAUGCAAUUACAAGGAAGACACAACACCGGCUUUAUCUCAUUAGUGAGUUUGAGGAGACUUGGUAUGUCACCAAAGACCCUUGCAAAUUUCUACAGGUGUACCAUGGAGAGCAUUCUAACUGGUUGCUUCACUGUCUGGCAUGGAGGGGCCACUGAACAGGAUCGGAAAAGGUUGUAAACUCUACCAGCUCCGUCAUGGGCACUGGUCUCCCCAGCACAGAGGACACCUGCAAAAGGCAAUGCCUCAAAAAGGCAGCAUCUAUCAUUAAGGACCCCCAUCACCUCGUGCCCUCUUUUCAAUGUUACUAUCAAGGAGGAGGUACUGGAGUGUGAGGAGCAUUAAUGUUUCAGGAACAGUUUGUUCCCCAUCACCAUUUUUGAAUGGACAAUGAACCCAUGAGCACUACCUCAGUUUUUUUCCCUCUCAUUUUACACUACAUGUUUAUGGUUAUUUAUUAUUAAUUUAUAGUUUUUAUUAUUAUAUAAUGCAAUGUACUGUUGCGGCAAAAAACACAUUUCACAACAUAUGCCAGUGAUACUAAUUUUGAUUCUGAAUGAGAUCUAGCAGAGCUCAAGAGCACAUCAGAAAGUGAUUCUCAUGUGAAAGCACAGUUACAUAAGACAUGGAGCAGAAAUAGGCCAUUCGGCCCAUUGAGUCUGCUCAGCCAUUUCAUCAUAGCUGAUCCAUUGGCCUUUCAACACCAUUCUCCCCAUACCCUUUCAUACACUGAAUAAUUAAGAACCUAUCAAUCUCCACCUUAAAUACGCCCAAUGAUUUGUCCCCCACAGCCACCUGUGGCAACGAAUUCCACAGAUUCACCACUCUCUGGCUAAAGAAUUUCCUCUUCAUCGCCUUUCUAAAUGGACCUCCCUCUAUUUUCAGGCUGAGCUCUCUGGUCCUAGACUCACUAGCCAUAGGAAACAUUCUCUCUGCAUCCACUCUCUACUUCAUAGGUUUCAAUGAGAUCCUCUUAUGUUCUUCUAAGUUCUAGAGACUACAGGCCCAGAGCAAUCAAUUGCUCCUCAUAUGAUAAUCAUAGAAACAUAGAAAAUAGGUGCAGGAGUAGGCCAUUCGGCCCUUCGAGCCUGCACCGCCAUUUAUUAUGAUCAUGGCUGAUCAUCCAACUCAGAACCCAGCCUUCCCUCCAUACCCCCUGACCCCUGUAGCCACAAGGGCCAUAUCUAACUUCCUUUUAAACAUAGCUAAUGAACUGGCCUCAACAGUUUGCUGUGGCAGAGAAUUCCACAGAUUCACCACUCUCUGUGUGAAGAAGUUUUUCCUAAUCUCGGUCCUAAAAGGCUUCCCCUCUAUCCUCAAACUGUGACCCCUCGUUCUGGACCUCCCCAACAUCGGGAACAAUCUUCCCGCAUCUAGCCUGUCCAAUCCCUUUAGGAUCUUAUACGUUUCAAUCAGAUCCCCCCUCAAUCUUCUAAAUUCCAACGAGUACAAGCCCAGUUCAUCCAGUCUUUCUUCAUAUGAAAGACCUGCCAUCCCAGGAAUCAAUCCUUUCAUUCCCAGAACCAUUCUUGUGAAAAUCUCCUGAACCCUCUCCAAAGUCAGCACAUCCUUUCUUAAAUAAGGGGCCCAGAACUACUCCAAAUACUCCCAAGUGAAGCCUCACCAAUGCCUUAUAAAGCCACAGCAUUACAUUCUUGCUUUUAUAUUCUAGUACUUUUGACAUGAAUGCUAACAUUGCAUUUCCUUACCGCCGACUCAACCUGCAAAUUAGUCUUAAGGGAAUCCUGCAUGAGGUCUCCCAGGUCCCUUUGCACCUCAGAUUUUUGUAUUUUUUCCCCCGUUUAGAAAAUAAUCUACACUUUUAUUCCUUCGACCAAAGUGCAUGACCAUACACUUCCCAGCACUGUGUUCCAUCUACCACUUCCUUGUUCAUUCUCCUAAUCUUCUAGGACCUUCUGCAUUUUCCCUGCUUCCUCAACACAACCUGCCCCUCCACCUGUCCUUGUAUUGUCCACAAACUUAACCAUAAUACCAUCAGUUCUGACAUCCGAAUCAUUGGUGUACAAUGUAAAAAGCUGUCCCAACACCGACCCCUGCAGAACACCAUUAAUCUCCUGCAUCCAAUCAGAAAAGGAUCAUUUUAUUCUCACUCUUAGUCUCCUGCCAAUCAGCCAAUGCUCUAUCCAUGCUGGUAUCUUUCCUGUAAUACUACGGGCUUUCCUGCUUGUUAUUUCCUCAAAGAAUUCCAACAGAUUAGUAAGGCAAGAUUUUUCCUUAAGGAAACCAUGCUGACUUCGACCUAUUUUAUCAAGUACCCCAAAACCAUAUCCUUUAACAAUUGACUCCAACAUCUUCCCAAUCACUGAGGCCAGGUUAACUGGCCUAUAAUUUUCUUUCUUCUGCCUCUCUCCCUUCUUGAAGAGUGGAGUGACAUUUGCAAUUUUCCAGUUCUGCGGAACCAUGCCAGAAUCUAUUGAUUCUUAAAAGAUCAUUGCCAAUGCCUCCAUAAUCUCUUCGCCCACCUCUCUCAGAACCUGGGGGUGUCGUCCAUUCUGUCCAGGUGACUAAUCUACCUUGAGUCAUUUUAAUUUCCCAAGCACCUUCCUCCUAGUUGUAGCAACUGCACUCAAUUCUGGCCCCUUCUACCAUACUGCUAGUGUCUUCCAUUCUUCCGUAGUGAAGACUGGUGCAAAAUACUUAUUUGGUUCAUGCACCAUUUCCUUGUUCCCCCAUUAUUACCUGUCCAGUGUCAUCAUUGAUGAUAAUUGAUGGAAUGGUAAUUGAUAAACACUGGGGUUGCCCUUCAUUUGUGGACAUAUCAAAGACUGAGUAACUUUCUGUUAAUUAGAAGCUCUGGAAAAGUUUGGACUGGAGCAUGGGAAGCACUUGGCUUUUGCUACAUCUGGUUUGCUUAGCUGUUUCUUGUUAUUGGACAGAGGUAAUUGCCAGCUUGGGAGGGUUACCAUUUUGGAACUUGGCUGAAAAUGCUUGUAGAUUUUUCAACCAUGUUUUUAGAGCUUGCCUGCUGGGUUCUCCAGCAGCCAUGUUGCUGACACCAGAUCCCAAAAAACAUGUUUAACAGAACAUUUUCAUUAAUUAUGCUCCCUCAUUUUUGACUGGAUGUGACCAGAUGGCAGAAAUUAGAACUGAACCAUUGGAUUUUGGAUCACAAAGCUGUGCUGGCACCUUAUUAAAGGUGUGCUUGUUGAUUUUCCUGGCACGCUCCUGUAAAUGAACCAACUUUGAUUCCUUGACUUGGUAACGAGGGAUAUCAAACUUGCAGACCAACAGUUUAUGUGGCUUAUAUUUCUGGUUCUGUCAUCAAGCAAUGCCACACAACUGAGGGUCUAUAUGCGACUUGAUCUUGGCAGGCUACUCAUGGAUACUAUCUUAGAUUAAACAUAAACACGUACAUUAUUUGAGGUUCAUUACUGUAUUCUCUCAACGCUCAGGAUACAAGACCAGCUAUUCAACUUCAAGAAGUAAUAAUCCUAUUGGAGCCUCUGUUGGUGAUGAAUAUGUACAGACUCUUUUUGUUACACUCAGUGCUCCCUCAAAUAGGACUACUUCAUCAGAUGAGGUAGAGCAGUAAAUAGUAAUUCGAGGAAGAUUUCUUUGCCAUGUUUAAGACUAAUGGUUUGUUGUGUUGGAGAGACAGAUCUACAAAAGAUUUGUGAUUGCGGAGUCCAGUCAAUUGAUUGAAAGGCUUGUAUAGAGUUGCAUUUAGGACAGACUAGGUAAGGACAGCAGAUUCCUUUUUCUAAGAAGGAUUAAACAUGCCUAUUCCUUAACAACUGAUAAAUGUGCGGCAUUAGUUCAUGGUAUUUGAUCUUCUGUGUUCAAUUAUGAUUCUGCUAGAAUUUCAGGAGUUGUUUCUUAUCCACAAAACAUGAAUAUUUCCUGCAUUUGUAAUCUAUUAUCCCGGUCCUUAAAUAAUUGGCUUGCUGGGCCACUUAACAGGGCAUUUCAGAAUUAACAAUGUUAAUUCUAGAUAAAGACUGCUAUCAAUUGAGAAGUUGAGAUGACAUAUCACCCAAUAUUAAUCCAUGAUGUAUAUUACUGUGCCCUUUUUCCAGUUGGUCAUUGUGUACAAACAUCUAGUUACUAUUCCACAAUACAUGGCACAAUAGGAAAAGUUACUAGCAAAUAUACAAAAAUUAUGUUAAUUUGAUGUGAUACACUUGCUCAGCUAAUAUUCCUUGAUUUCAAUACUUCCUAUGCAUCUAUGAGUGUAUGAAACACAAUUCUGAGUUCAGUUUCUAUUCCCAAUGUGCGAUUCUGCAAGUCCAGUCGUUAUUCCCAUGGCUGAAGAGUUGAUAACCAAACCGCUGGUUUGCAGCAAUGAUUGAAAGAACCAGAAGGAAUUGGAGGUAGAUUUUUACCUUGACAUAUUGAUAUGAUUUGGAAAUUGUCACCUUAAAGAUACCAUUUUCUCUCUCUCACUCUUCCCCAUCCCUUUCUCUCACUCAUUACAAUGGCCAGUUAACCCACAAAACCAUAUCUUUGGGACAUGGAAGGAAACCAAAGCACCCACAGGAAAAAUGUGGCAACUCCACAACAAAGCAUGUUGGGACUGAACAAUCCAUAAUGCUACUUGAAGAAGAAAAUAUUGUAGGAUUGUGGGAAGAAAGGGUAGGGAUGGGACAGCUUGGUCACUUUUUUUAAAAAAGGGGCUGUGCAGAUUUGAUGAGGGCUAAAUGGCUACCUUCUGUGGUGUAUUUUGCUGGGAGUUUUGCUUUGGCUAGGCCAGACAAUAACUUGUGAUACUUCAUACUGUGUGCACUGAUAAGCAAACCAUGAGGUCUGAUACUACACACCAUAGACUAGUUACUGUGUUUGGU